CAUUCCAGCAUUUAGUGGAAGAAGCAGAGUGUCCUGAUCCUCAUUCCGCAGAAGCAGAAGCUCCAGGAGACACUUUGCUGCUUUUUCUUCACAAAAUAUCUGGACCCAAAUCAGAGCUUAUCACACCUGUUACUCCAGCUUCUAGCUCCACUGCCUGAACCCAGUAUGUUGGACUGUGCUAGCAGUUUCUUCACCUAUGAGACAACCAAGUCAGUGGUGGUCAAGAGAAGGUCGCUGGGCAUCAUCAACCGCAUUGUCCAGGCGCUCAUCAUCAUUUACUUUGUUGGUUAUGUGUUUCUCUAUGAGAAGGCCUAUCAGGACCGUGACACAGGGAUUGAGUCAGCGGUCAUGACUAAAGUGAAAGGCUUUGGGUUCUAUGACAAUUAUCUGAUGGACGUGGCUGACUACGUAACACCACCACAGGGCGCCUCUGUGUUCUGCAUUAUCACCAGGAUGGUCAUCACACGCAAUCAGACGCAUGGACGCUGCCAUGAGGCUGAUAAAAAAUUCAACUGUAGCACUGAUAAAGACUGUGAAAAACAUCUAUCCUCAAAUUUGGCAAGUGGAAAAAUAACGGGCAAGUGUGUGACCGAAGCUCAGAGGUGUGAAAUAGAAGGCUGGUGCCCAGCGGAGGAUGACACCAAGAAGAUGCCACCCAUGAAAGAGGCUGAAAACUUCACCAUCUUCAUCAAGAACAGCAUUCGCUUCCCGCGCUUUAACGUCACCCGAGGGAACAUCAGACCCAAGAUGGAAAAUAAGAACACAUGUCUGCACCACCCUGUUCAUGACACGUCCUGUCCCAUCUUCCGAGUAGGAGACGUGCUCAAGUAUGCCGGUGUAGAGUUCUCCAACAUUGCAUCGACAGGAGGAGAAAUUGGGAUAAAUAUAGGCUGGGUAUGUAAUUUGGACCUGGGUGAGAAGAAGUGCCUACCCAAAUACAGCUUCACACAGCUGGACUCUGCUUUUAAACACAAUAGCUUCUCCAAGGGAUUCAACUUCAGAUUUGCAAAGUACUACAUGUCAGAAGAUGGUCGGGAGUAUCGGACACUUCAUAAAGCUUUUGCCAUCCGCUUUGACAUACUUGUGUCUGGCAAUGCUGGAAAAUUUUACAUAGUCCCAACACUGAUCAAUAUCGUGGCAGCCUGCACCUCAGUGGGUUUGGCAACAAUCUUCUGCGACAUCAUCCUGUUAAACUUCCUGAAAGGUUCCGAACAAUACAAAGCAAAGAAAUUUGAAGAGGUUUCUGGUUCGGUGAGUUGGUCAGAAAGUCAUGAACUCCACAUGGGGAGCCAGAUGCUCAAAGAGGAGGUGAAGAACUCUGAUGACUCUGGCGCUUAUUCUAUUGGAUACAGUGCUGGACAAAGUACUUGCGCUUAAAUAUACUUAAAUAUCAAAAGUAAAAAGGAUUGUGAGUCAUUACAGAUAUUAUGUUGUUAUCCUGAUAAACAGUCUCCUUGAGAUGAGACUGAUGAGACCUUUUAUCAGAAUAAUACAGCAUCUAUAAUAACU